GGGAAUGCUGAUAAUAGCAGGGAGAGGAUUUUCAACUCUAUCAUUUUGCAAUUGUGUUUUUGUAGCGUCAAUAUCUGUUUUUUUCUUUUUCUGAUAUUACCUAAAUCUUGGAAGUUUAAGCGACUUGAAUCUCGGAUCCUUGGGUGGGAAUUCUGCCUUCCUGGAGUAUGGACCAAUUUUUACGGUGCUAACUGUUGGAAAGAGACUUACCUUUGUUACAGAAGUGGAUGAUUUCAAGAUAUUCUUUGGAUCCAAAGAUGUUGACUUUCAACAAGCAGUACAGGAUCCUGUAGAGCAUACAGCUUCUAUUACCAAACACAGUUUUUAUAAACACCACACAGAAAUCCAUGACAUGAUGAAAAGGAGAUUGGCUCUGUCCAAUUUACACCUGUUCAUUGGUAAUCUCUCUGAGGAGUUUACUGAGCGACUGACAUACCUUGGAACUGAAGGCACUGAUGACUUGUGUGACCUCGUCAGGCACAGUAUGUAUUCUGCAGUUGUGAACCAGCUGUUUGGUAGAGGUAUCUGUAUCACUGAUGGAAACGCAGUUCGAGAGUUUGAGGAUCACUUCAAGAUUUUUGACAAAGGCUUUGAAUAUGGUAGCCAGCUGCCAGAGUUCCUACUAAAAAAUUGGUCUAAAUCGAAGCAUUGGCUGCUAUUACUGUUGGAAGGUGCUGCAACUAAAGCUGGAAAGACAAUGCCUGCGGACAGUGACUCAAAGACUUUGUUACAGCAUCUUUUAGAUAUUGUGGAUGGAAAAUUUGGUCCCAAUUACGUUUUAUUGAUGCUAUGGGCUUCUCAAGCCAAUGCACUUCCUAUUACAUUCUGGUCUCUUGCAUUUAUAAUUUCUGACCCUUCGAUUUACAAGACUGUUAUGAAGGAACUUUGUUCCGUCUUUGAUAGCCAAGCGGACAAAACGAUCAAAGUAAGUGAGACUGAUCUUCGGAAGCUUCCAUACUUGAAGUGGUGCAUUUUAGAGGCAAUUCGCUUGCGAUCUCCUGGAGCCAUAGCUAGAAAAGUGGUGCGGCCUCUGAAAAUUAAAAACUACAUCGUUCCUCCAGGAGACAUCCUGAUGUUGUCACUUUUCUGGGCACACAGGAAUCCCAAGUAUUUUCCUGAACCGGAAAAAUUUCUUCCCGAACGGUGGAAGGAGGCAGAUUUGGAAAAGCAUGUAUUUUUGAAUGGCUUUAUUGGUUUUGGAGGAGGCAGAUAUCAGUGUCCUGGAAGGUGGUUUGCUCUGAUGGAGAUCCAAUUGUUUAUCGCUCUGAUACUUUACAAAUAUGAGUUUACUCUAUUGGAUUCUGUCCCAAAACAGAGUCCUCUUCAUUUAGUCGGAACCCAGCAGCCAAUGGGUCCUUGCAGAGUUAGAUAUAGAAGUCGGUGAUCAUUAUUGCUGCAAGUACUCCAUGGGAUUGAACUGCAGCCCAACUGCUGCACGUAGUGCUUUCCUUCCUUACUGUGUAUGUAUAACGUUUUACAAAUUACUACAAUUCGACUAGACUGUUCAAGGAUGCUGGAACAGCAGUAGUAAAUCUGACACUGUAAAUCUUAACUUCCUUACAUGAUGUUGUAUGUUAAGCAAAAUGCUUUUAACUUCAGAACUUCAGUGAUGAUUGGAGUGGUGGAAAUCAGACAACGGAAUCUUUUUCUCCUUCCUUAUUCAUGAUCAAGCCAUAUUGACCACGUAAAUCUCUCACAGACUUAAUCGUGUAAGCUGUAGGUUAUAACUUGCUAUGUGUUCUGCAAAGGCUUACCUUAUAAAAUUUGCAUUGUAAUUUUUAAAGUAAGGAAUACUAUGUUAAAAUCAAUCUUGCUAACUUUAUGCUACUGAAAUUAUGAAAUACAGUCAUUAUUAUGGUUGUGAUCAAGAUAACUAUUAUCUGCAUUGACAGGAACAGUGCAAUAAAGUCGCUGUCAAUAUU